UGGGCCGGCGGCGGCGGUACGAGGCGCGCGCUCGGGGUCCCGGUCGCGAGGAGGAGGAGGAGGAUGUGGCGCGCGGAGGGGAAAUGGCUGCCGAAAACAAGCCGGAAGAUAUGCCAAGGAUGCCUUCAUCCGAGUUAUUGAUCAAAUUGUUGAAGAGAACAGUGUCAAAGACAGAGAGCCCUGAGCUGGCCACUAAAGACCCACCUUCAGAUGAUCAUGGGAACAGCAAUGGCAGCCAUGUAAAAAUCUUUUUACCGAAAAAGCUGCUUGAAUGUCUACCGAAAUGUUCAAGUUUACCCAAAGAGAGGCACCGCUGGAACACUAACGAGGAAAUGGCCCCAGAGUUCUGUAACUUUAAAAAAGUGAAGGAUUGGCUUACCAUUUGCCAGAAAACAAAACCACAGAAUGGCUCCAUGAUCCUUUACAACAGGAAGAAGGUGAAAUAUAGGAAAGACGGAUAUUGCUGGAAAAAGAGGAAAGAUGGGAAAACCACCAGAGAGGACCACAUGAAACUGAAGGUCCAGGGGGUGGAGUGCUUGUACGGCUGUUAUGUCCAUUCCUCCAUCAUCCCCACCUUCCACCGGAGGUGCUACUGGCUCCUUCAGAACCCUGAUAUUGUACUGGUGCAUUAUCUGAAUGUCCCAGCCAUUGAAGAUUGUGGCAAGCCCUGUGGACCCAUCCUCUGCUCCAUCAACACUGACAAGAAGGAGUGGGCAAAAUGGACAAAGGAAGAGCUCAUUGGGCAGCUCAAGCCAAUGUUCCAUGGCAUCAAAUGGACAUGCAGCAAUGGCAACAGCAGCUCUGGUUUCUCUGUGGAACAGCUGGUGCAGCAGAUCCUCGACAGCCACCAGACCAAGCCCCAGCCUCGGACACACAACUGCCUCUGCACUGGCAACUUGGGAGCAGGUAGCAGUGUGCAUCACAAGUGUAACAGUGCCAAACAUCGCAUCAUAUCGCCAAAGGUCGAACCACGGACAGGUGGGUACAGCACUCACUCAGAGGUACAAAAUAAUGAUGUCUCCGAAGGCAAGAAUGAGCACAGUCAUGGCAAGGCCUCGAGCCGGGAGAAGAGGAACGGCAAGGUGGCGAAGCCCGUUCUGCUGCAUCAGAACAGCACCGAGGUGUCCUCCACCAAUCAGGUGGAGGUCCCCGACACGACCCAGAAUUCUCCCGUGUCCAUCAGCAGCGGCUUGAACAGUGACCCAGAUAUGGCCGACAGCCCCGUGGUCACAGGGGUAUCCAGUAUGGCGGUGGCCUCUGUGAUGGGGAGCUUGUCCCAGAGCGCCACCGUAUUCAUGUCCGAGGUCACCAACGAGGCCGUGUACACCAUGUCCCCCACAGCUGGCCCCAACCAGCACCUGCUCUCCUCCGACGCCACCGCCCAGGGUCUCGUCCUGGCGGUGAGCUCGGACGGCCACAAGUUCGCCUUCCCCGCCACAGGGAGUGCGGAGGGUUUGUCAAUGUUGCCCACGAACGUGUCCGAAGAGCUGGUGCUCUCCACCACCCUUGACGGUGGCCGGAAGAUCCCAGAAACCACCAUGAACUUUGACCCGGACUGUUUCCUCAACAACCCCAAGCAGGGACAGACCUACGGGGGUGGGGGACUGAAAGCAGAGACCAUGGGCACCAACAUGAGGCAGUCGCCCACGGCCGAGCGGGUCAGCUUUAGCUUCAGCGCGGCCCUCACGAAGGAGAUCAAGACGGAGGACACGUCCUUUGAGCAGCAGAUGGCCAAAGAAGCGUAUUCCUCCUCCAACACCUCCAACUCCCUCACCCUGUCGGCUGGCUCGAGCCUGCUCCCCUCCGGCGGGGGGCUCAGUCCGAGUACCACCCUGGAGCAAAUGGACUUCAGUGCUAUAGACUCCAACAAGGACUAUGCUUCUAGUUUCAGCCAGACUGUCCACAGCCCCCACGUCCACCAGACCCCUUCCCCUAGCUUCUUUCUGCAGGAUGCCAAACCUAUCCCCCUAGAUCAGAGCGCCCACACGAAUCUCAACGAUUCCAGUAGCUCCUUCGUGCCCUUAGGGAUGGCGACGGUGAAGACGGAGGCCCCUCCGACCCCUUCCUGCAAUGGUUCUGUAGAGACCCGGAUAGAGUCCACGACCUCCCUCCAGCUCAUGCAGUUCCAGGCCAACUUCCAGACCAUCACGGCAGAGGCAGAAGUUCCCAUGGAGACCUCCCAGGCGGCGGACGGCAACGAGAACCUCCUCAAGACCGGGGAGCUCCAGAGUUGCAGCUCCGAGCACUACAUGCAGCCUGAGACCAACGGAAGCAUCAGGAACGGGGCCAGCAUCCCCAUCCUCCACGGGAACAUGGUCCAGGGGCUCUACCCCGUGGCCCACCACACCCUCAAUAACUCUUCCAACAUGGAACUGAGCUUGGACCACUUUGAUAUCUCCUUCAGCAACCAGUUCUCCGACCUGAUCAACGACUUCAUCUCGGUGGAAGGUGGGAGCAACACUAUCUAUGGACACCAGCUCGUGUCAGGGGACGGCGCGGGGCUCUCGCAGGCGGAAGAUGGCAACCGGGCCUCCUUCGGCCAGGCCGAAAUGUGCAUCCCCUGCUGCAGCCCCCAGCAGGGCACUAUGCAGCUGAGCAGCGCCGAGAGCGGGGCCGGCACCAUGGCCUACAUGCAUGUGGCCGAGGUGGUCUCUGCGGCCACUGCAGCCCAAAGCACCCUGGGAUUGCUGCAGCAGAGUGGGCGAGUCUUCAUGGUGACCGACUACUCCCCUGAGUGGUCUUACCCAGAGGGAGGAGUAAAAGUCCUGAUCACAGGCCCGUGGCAAGAAGCCAGCAAUAACUACAGUUGCCUGUUUGACCAGAUCUCAGUGCCUGCGUCCUUGAUACAGCCAGGGGUGCUUCGAUGCUAUUGUCCAGGUAAGCAGGACAGCUUCCUCAGAGGAUUGCCAAACCAUGUGUUAGACUGA